CAUGAGCAGUUCUUAGUUUCAGAGUACUGUUAUUUUGUGUAUGAUAAGAUGAGUAGUAUAGUUGUGUCUAGAUGAAUAUUUUUAUGUCAUCUUAUAAGAGCAUAUUGCACCUUUAUUGUUUUUAUAGGGAAACAGUUAAUCAUGCUUUUGUUACAUCCAAGCUACCCUGAAUUUAACAGUAUUGGCUGCAUGGCAAGGGUGGGAUGUAUGUUUCCUUUUCCUGAGUUGAUGAAAACAAGAUAAAUUAAAUGAGUUAAAAACUCAAUAUGUCCUUAUAUCCACUAGCAGUUUGGCAUACCUAUGUGGAAUUACAUUUUAUUGAUGACAUUACAUUUUGUAUUAAGUUUAAAUUAAAAUUGUGAACACAUCAGUUAUGUAAAUCCAGCAACCAAAGUCAAGCCACAGACCCCAAUCCAUAAUCCAGUGUUUUCAGGGUGCUGGUAGUGUAGUGGCUUAGCUGCAUGUCUGGAAAGCCAGGAGUGCAGGCUCUACAUGCUGCAGUCAUGACACCUGUCGAUGACAUUAAAUACCUCAUCAACUCUGUCAUACUGGGGGAGGAGCCGUCGGUGGAGGACUUCAUCCUGUUCAUCGGCACGCUGGUGGCGUUCAUCGCCUUCAUCCUGUGGUGCUGCUUCCCGGUCAUACCCAAGGACUCGCAGCCCAAUGCUGACAGCCAGUACCGGCACUACAAGAAGACGGACGCCAACGCCAUGUACAAGGAGCUGCAGCGCAGCUAGCGCGCAGUUGCCGCCGGCGUCAAUAGAUGGCAGCACGAGUGGACCGCUAGGCGGCUUUGGGGAGCGAGCUCUCAGCUGAGCUCGAGUUCCCCGCAAAGCCGUGACUCUCGCGUCUGAUAUCAGUGUUUUGAAGGUGGGUUCUGCUUGCAUUUUGUUAUUACUCUGGUACAGCGCGCUCUGUGUGGCCGGGGCGCCCUGUCGGCUUCGGUCGGGGAGCUAGCUCCGAUUGGAGCAGAUCAUGUGCACGACGCCUUUUCGCGUUUUAUCAGCUGACGAGCGGGUGGCUUCUGCGGCCCGCGCUCAGACUGCGCACACCAGUGAGAUGGCGCUGUAGGCGCCGCGCAGCUCCCGGCGACCCGCCUUUUCGGGAUGCGUCCUGCGGCCGGGGCGGGCCAU